AGCAACCUUCAGUAUCUACAGUACGGGUUUUGAAUUGACUAUGUGCAUUAGACGGAAUAAAUUAUAAAAGUAAAUCUUCAGAAAUAUUGAGGAUGGCACAGUUUCCAGAGACUUUGAUGACGCGUAUCCAAAAUCUUAUUACUAAAAACUGAGUAAUUAUAUGCAAGCACCGCAUGAAAUGAAUACAUAUAGCGUAUGCAGGCUAUAUGAAAACAAACGUGAAGUUAGGGAGGACAACGACCAAAAAACACCGUCAAGUGAGGAGUUAUACUACCACCUCUCGGUAGUAUACGAUCUAUCGGGUUUGUGCUUUGCAAGGCACGAAGAGAAGACCAGUGGACAGAAAGUUUGUGGAGUUUGGUAGAAGCAUUAAAGGACGUGCUUCCGUGAUACAAGUGAUUUUCAUGGACUGUGUUAAAGAAGAAAUCAAGAGAAAGCACAGUAAUUAACAGACUAUUCUGACUACCAAGAUGGUUUUUUCUCUUUCCACUGUGACGGUCCUGAUUCCAAUCGUGUCUCUUUUGGGACUUUUUUACUCUGCUAGUAUGGAUGAGAAUUUCCCACAAGGAUGCACAAGCACAAGUAGUCUGUGUUUCUAUAGCCUUCUCUUGCCUGUCACUAUACCGGUUUAUGUAUUUUUCCAUCUUUGGAAAUGGAUGGGAAUCAAACUCUUCAGACAUAAUUAAUUUCAGAAUUAUAAGUGAACUGGAUUGGGUACAACUUUGCCUCUUCCUAUUCAUGUUAUAAUUUUAAGGUGGAUUUAUGAAUGGAAUUUUCGAAAGAUUUAAAAUAAGACAACUGGAUGUAAUUAGGGAUCUAUGCGACCAAUGAUUUGUAUUCUUUUAUGCUUUGUCAGUGUUUAUUAAACUGAAGAAAAUGAUUAUAUCUCUUAUAUCUCCUAUUAUGAGAUUGAACAAAUGUAUGUGAUGAUUUUUUUCAGUUUGAAUAAGGUGGCUUCAUUGGUCUAUAAAUUAUUUAAUUUAAGUAACAGUUGGUUGCUUGAUAAUGUGGCGGUAUUGUCGUAUAUUUAAACCAAGUCAUUUUUUUUUCCCCAUUCCCUUUUUCAAGCUGUUAUGAGGUUUUGUAAUGGCACUUUCGUUACAUUGUUUUUAAACUUAGCUAUAAACCUAUGACUUUGUUAUUGAAUAGGAAUGCUAACCAUAUUCUGCCCAAACAUGAUGCUAUUGAAUUGCAUGCUAUUGAAAGGCUGCAGCUGCAUAUUUUUGUGGGUAGGAAACGGGUGCAUAAGUGAGGUAGCAGACAUGUAACUAAAAGAGUAAUGGUUUCCUAUGCUGGCCAUACUCGUGUGACCUGGAAUGAGAUGCUUUACCUGAAUCUCAUCAAAAAUGUAAAUAUGACGCACACAAUAUGCAUUCAUUUUUAAACUUAUCAUAUAUAUACAGUAUGUAUAUAUUGGGUCCGUGUCCAUUUCCCCACAAAUAAUCUUAAAAUUACUGCUCCUUUAAAUUUGCUGAGAAUGUGGGUGGUGGAAGGGGUCAUUUGGUGCAAUUGCCCUCCAGAUGCCCAAAACAGAAUGACGCAGUCGUUUUUACAAAUAAACGUUAUAUCUGAUGCUGA